UCCUAAAAGAAGCUAAAGACAGAGCAAGUCUCAAGGUUUUCGCACCAAAAAGAAGGGCUCUCUCUCUAUCUCUAUGUUCUGAUGUUCUCCCCCUUUUCCAAUUUUAGGGUUUUGAAAUGUGAAGGGACAAUGGAACACUCUGAAGAAAUCCCCGUUAACCAAGACACUUCCGACCAUCCCUCAAGCGAUACCCAGUUAGGGUUUCAGUAUCAGCCACCGUCUUCCUCUUCUUCUUCUAAUAACAAUGGUGAUCCCGAUCCUGAAACUUCUGAUCUCGGUCAUGGGGCGGUCGAGAAGGAGAAGGAAGAGGAGGUAAGCGGAGCUUCUAUUCAUCAGGAGCUUGCGAGGUUGGAAUUGAAGGAGAACGAGGAAGAGCCGGUUCUGAAACCGGAUUUGGAGGAGAAGAAAGAAGCAAAAAAAGAAGAAGAAAAAGAAGAAGAGAAGGAUGAGGAAAAGGUUGUUGACAGGGCUUUGAGUGGAGAAGAAAUGGGGAGCCGGAAUGGAAGUGACGAUGGAAAUGAGAAUGUGAAUGAGGAUGGGUAUGGGAAUGGGAGUGAGAACGAGAAUGAAAAUGAGGAUGAGGAUGAAGACGAAGAUGAGGAUAGGAAGAGAGAAGUAGAAGAGAACGAUGAUGAAGAUGGUGGAGUGGGAGAGAAUAAGAGUGGAAAUGAGACUGAAAAUGGCAGUGAAGUAAAUAAUGGUAGCGGUGAGAUGGAUAAGAAGAACGGGUAUGGUGGUGGUAUUCGAAAGUAUCAGUAUCCAGUGAGGCCUGAAGCUGAAGAUUGCUCAUUUUACCUCAAGACUGGAACGUGUAAGUUUGGAUCCAAUUGCAAGUUUAAUCACCCAGUUAGAAAAAGAAGCAAUCAGGGUGCUAAGGAGAAAGUAAAAGAAAGGGAAGAGUCCACGGAAAAUCCUGGGCAGUCAGAAUGCAAGUAUUAUUUGAGGUCAGGGGGAUGUAAAUUUGGAAAAGCGUGUAAAUAUAACCACACUAGAGGAAAGACUUCCGCAGCACCAUUAGCACCAGUUCUAGAGUUUAACUUUGUUGGUCUGCCAAUCCGAGUGGGUGAGAAAGAAUGUCCAUAUUACAUGCGAACUGGCUCCUGUAAGUAUGGAGGAAACUGCAGGUUUAAUCAUCCUGAUCCAACAGAUGCGGCAGGAAGUGACACUUCUGCAGGAUAUGGUAAUGGUAGACCUGUCUCUUUACAAGGUGCACGACAAUCAACUCUAGGAUCUUGGUCUUCACCAAGAUCUUUGAAUGAGACUGCUCCCUUUAUGCCAAUGAUGCUUUCCCCAACUCAAGGGGUUCCAUCACAAAAUCCAGAGUGGAAUGGGUAUCAGGCUCCUCCAGUUUAUCUACCGGAAAGGAACUUGCCUCCACCUCCUGCAUUUGUGAUGAACAACCCAGUGACUGAAACCAAUAUGUAUCAACACCAUCCACCCCAGAAAUUAAUUGAAGAAUAUCCAGAACGACCUGGCCAACCCGAAUGCACUUUCUUCUUAAAAACAGGGGAUUGUAAGUUUAAAUCCAAUUGCAAAUAUCACCAUCCAAAGAAGACUGCUAUGGGGGCACCCCCAUGCGCCCUUAGCGACAAGGGCCUGCCUUUGAGACCGGAUCAGAACAUCUGCACAUAUUACAGUCGCUAUGGAAUCUGCAAAUUCGGACCUGCUUGUAAGUAUGAUCAUCCAGUACAGGCAACUCCAACCAUGUCCGGUGUAGAAAAUCAACCUCCUCCUUACAGUAAUAUGGCAGGGGAAGGAGCUGGAAUAGCUAGGAGAAGCAGAAGUGAGACUCAAAUUCAGCAGUUGGUUUAGUUUAGUUCUGCAUGAAAUGUCUGCUAGAUUUUAGCAUUGGCGGCGGGAAGGGGUUGUAGUUUCUUUUCUCAUGAAUUUACUUAAUAAACCUUUUUUUUUUCUCUUUUUUCCUGGGCCUAACUGGCAACUGCCAUUUCAGGGAAUGGCAUUUUCACUUAAAGAUUAUCUAGUAUUAAUUUACCAAAAUCCUACUAAAACAGUUAUGUAAAUUAUGUGUUAUUCAUGUCAGCUUACCAACGAAUAUAAAUGGAAUGCAAUUGAGACAUUUUCUA